AAAAGAACAAAAUGAAUUAAGGGAAAAAAAAAAAAAAAAAACCUUCGUUCACAACUGCGGGGUAGAACAGACAUUUUACCCUCUUUGACAUAUCAAUCCAGGCAGAAAUCAUCCAAGCUCCCAUGUUCGUGUAGUGAGUGCACUGCACUUCCAAAGAGCUUACCUCCACUGUCACUAGUCUGCUUGCUGCUCCAAUCAAGAAGCAGGCCGACCCCCUGGACCUGAGGUAGUCCGCGGAACGCUGCAGGCCAUUUCUCUAUUGGGCAGCCAGACGGUAGAUAGCUAGGACGUGCAGUAGGUGACAGGCUCCUGGCCGCCGAGCUCCAACCUCGCUGGCCCUCCCGCAACCACCCGUGUGCACCUUAACACUCGAUCAGUAGUACUGUUUCGCUACGAUUCGAAAGAAAAACACAUUUAAUUUCCCAUCUCUUUUGGGAGGUUGCCCUGGCCGGCAGAGUAGUUGAUGAUACUGUCCACUCUCGCGCUGGAGAAGAGACAAUGAGCUACAUACGAAAACGCGCUUUGUUAGCUUGCGAUUUCUGUCGGCACCGCAAACGAAGAUGCGACGGUGAACGACCUUGUUCGACCUGUCGGGAAUCGGCAGCCGAGUGUCGUUACAAAGAGUUGCCAGUUGAACGGGUCGACCUUCCCACUGGCUCCGCGCCGGCCUCCGACCCAGUUGCCGAACGCCUCGGCCGUAUAGAGCUUCUGCUACAGGAGCACAGCGAGCGCCUGAAUGAGCUUGCCCAGGGCGGCGGGACCACCGCGUCUAGCCCUUUUCAGCCCAACUUGUUCUCACUGCCGGCAUCCUACUCUUACCAACUUCAACGUCAGCAACAAGAACAGUUAGAGCAGUCGCCACAACUUGGAGGGCUUCAGAGUCGCCAUGACCCGGGAUCCGUCAAUCUUGAUCCCCGCCUGGAUCAUCACCAGUUUCUCAUCCCAACCGACCAUUUCACUUCGGCAAGUUCUCUCUUUGCAUUACCUCGCAUCCGAAAUAUGCUCGGCGAAUAUCCCAGGAGUCUUUUCCAUGACAUCGAAGACAGCUUACCCUUGCCAGAGCCUCUGGAUUUAUUCCAGAGCAAAAAGCUUGACUGGCCGUCACUAGAUAAUUCAGCCUUUGAGUCAUUGUCGGCCAACUACUUUGCACGGGUACACUCGACAUAUCCAUUGUUUACGGAGCACGAUUUUAUCCAGUGGCGAACAGAUAUUUAUGAUCACGGUCCCGCCGAAACUCCAGAAACGGCAAUUUGCCUCUGUGUGUGGGCGCUUGGCGCUAUUGCUCCCGCCGACGAAGAGGUUCCGCUGCCUUUGCAUAUUCAGGCGGAAAAGGAUCAGCUUGCGAUGAGCCUGUUCCAACCUGCGCUUCGUCUUUUGCUGAAAUGGACCGUCUGGGGCUUCCAGCCGAGCCUGCCUAUAUGUCAGGCGCUCGUGCUCGCAGCCUCCUUCUUUGCUCAUCUCGGCAGGCCACUUCACAGCUGGAGGAUGGCUUAUUUUGCAUCUCACAACUUUAUCUUUCUUUACGAGAAGCAAAGAAAAGCAAACGGUCACUUGCAAGCUCCAAACGACGACUACCUGCGUGUUCUGUGGUCCUGUUUUAUGAUCGAAUGCGAUCGAGCAGCCGAACUGGAACUUCCCCGAACCGGGAUCGAGCCUAUGGCUGACCGACUUUCGGAUCAAAUGCCCCUUCCACGGAGCUUGAACCCUUUAGAGCAUGAAGAGCUGAUCUACUUCGCGGCAGAGACUGCCGCGAGAAGGUUACUGAAUAGAGUUCACAGCUCUUUGUACUCAUCAGAGCACUCGGGUCUGAUCUCAUUUUCUGAUAUGAACCCAGCUACCGGCAGCUUAAGUCUUGUGAAGCUUGUCAAUGUCAGCUCGGAGCUCCACCGCCAGUUGGAGGAGUGGUAUUUGUCGAUCCCAGAGAGCCUGCGGCCACCAUUGGGUACCGAACCGUGUCCAAACGACCGUGCCAGGGUGCUUCGGCUACGCUUCUACGCGGCUCGUCACAUCAUCCACCGGCCGUUUGUGCUCUAUGCGGCACUGAUGCAGCAGCAAGCAAGGAGCUUGGCACCAUCCUCGGUCGGCUCUAGCCCGGUGUCGCCUCACAUGUCUGCCAGUACGCCGGCGUCGUCUAGCGCUGUGCCAGCCGGGUCCGUUCAGCCCCUCACCUCGAUCCCGCAGAUCGUUUUGGACAAAAGCGAGAUCUGCAUCAAGACAUGCUCGACAUACCUUCGCAAUUCAACCGAGAUGCUCGACAAGCGGUCUCCUUACCUUUGGACCUUCUCGCAGACCUCUAUGGCGAACCUGUUGGUUCUCGUCACUUGCGAUUCAAUUCCACAGCUGCAGAGGUUCACAACGGACGUGAAAGAACUCAAAGAGCUGCUGGUAUCGAAGUUGCGGCUGUGGGCUACACCAGGGUCAAGUUUCGAGGCUGAAAUGCGUAUACUGGAGCGGAUUACAACAAGGGACUGACCGUGGCCAAGAGCCCAUGAUGUACCCUUUGUCGACUUGGACUUAUCUAAGAGGCUGGCCAGUAGCUUUUAUCGAUGUUUUUGAUAGUUUCCAUUUACUCCUCCAGGAUAUCUGUCAAAUGACUUAGCUUUGCUACUUUCAAAUGUACUCCCACUGUCAUGCGUCU